GGCGGGGGAGUUUUCUGCACCACGGAAAGUACUCAAGAGGAAGCGAGUAGUGGAUGAGCGCUGACGGAAAACACAAAUAAAAAAUAAACCCGUUUCAUAUAUGUAUUAUUAUUAAUGUAAACUCUCUAGGGUUUGUGCUUCAGGGAGUUUAUUCAGACACACAGCUCGGCAGUACAUUAGAAGGCUUGGACUGCUUUUUCCUGAUGUCUGCUGAAGCUUCUGCUGGGAAUGUGGUACCGGAGCCUAGCUGUGCCCCUCCGUCCCCCAGCCAUGGUGUAGAGAAGAAGGCAGGACCAGGUCUGGCUGGUAGUAAGUACGUGAAGCUGAACGUUGGUGGAUCCCUGCAUUACACCACAGUUCAGACCCUCAGCAAAGAGGACAGCCUACUCAGGAGGAUAUGUGAUGGGAGUGUGGAGGCCACCAUCGAUUCAGAAGGCUGGGUGGUGUUAGACAGAUGUGGACGCCAUUUCUCCCUGGUGCUAAACUUCCUACGGGAUGGCACCGUGCCACUUCCUGAGAGCCAGAGGGAGCUGGAGGAGGUACUGAAGGAAGCGCAGUAUUACAGACUGCAGGGUCUCAUCCAGCACUGCCUUUCUACACUGCAGAAACGCAGUGAGGUCUAUGAGGGAGGCUGUCGCAUCCCCAUGAUCACUUCUGCUAAGGAGGAACAGAAGAUGAUCGCCACCUGCAAGAAACCUGUGGUGAAAUUGCAGAAUAACAGGGGGAACAAUAAAUAUUCCUAUACCAGUAACUCGGAUGACAACUUGCUGAAGAACAUUGAGCUGUUCGAUAAACUGGGGCUGCGCUUUAAUGGUAGAGUGCUUUUCAUUAAAGACGUGCUCGGAGACGAAAUCUGCUGCUGGUCCUUCUAUGGAGAAGGACGCAAGAUCGCCGAGGUUUGCUGUACCUCCAUCGUUUAUGCCACUGAGAAGAAACAGACCAAAGUUGAGUUUCCAGAAGCUCGCAUCUUCGAAGAAACCUUAAACAUACUAAUCUACGAGAAUGGCCGGGGCUCUGGUCAGGGAGGCGUGGGUUUAUUGGACUCAGGUGGUGUCUCUUCUCCAGGUGUUGGUCAGUCAGAAGAAGAUGGGGCUGGUGUGGGGGGUGGAGACAGACGUGUGAGGAGGAUCCAUGUACGGAGACAUAUUAUGCAUGAUGAGAGAGGGCACGGGCAGCAGACUGUGUACAAAGACUGAAAGCAAGGAUGGGGAGAAAUGAUAAAUUCGAGAAGUACGACAAGCCUAAUUGUACUAUAACAGAAAAAUUGUGAAUAAUUCAUAUGCAGGGAUUUAGGUACAUGGAUGGAUGAAAGGGGGGUGGGGAUGGGUUGAGUAGUGAUGGGAAUCGAUCUUGGGUACAGUAACACUGCACUAAGAAAUAAUCUCAAGAGCCACAGUGUGGUUUCUUUUUUUUGUAAGGAUGAAUGUACAUCAUUCUGAUUUUUUUUGCCUUGUUUUUAUUUAUUAUUCUGUUAAUUUAUUGUCCAGAGUUUUCAAUUUUUUUAAGAAUAUAUGUGAAAUAUGUUUGUGCGUGUGUGCAGAUUGUGAAUGCGUAAUGGUGAACUGUGAUGUUUUUCUAUGCGGAUGUGUGUGUGUUGGGUGACGUACUCGUAUCCCAAAAGAACAGUUCAGAUGAUCCUUAUAUAAACACUCCAGUGUUUCUCAACCUUGUACUCAUCAACUGUAUCUGUAGCUUAUGUGUGAUUUCGACAAACAAAUUUUCCUAGUGUUUUCCUGUCUUGAGUAAAGGGUGGAAACUUGUACACUCAAAGCACACCUAUAGUAUAAUGACAGCAAUAGGGCAGAUGCUGAUUCCUUUCAGGAAGAAACAACACAUGCACAAAACUACAACCCUUCUAAUGACAAAUAAGAGACAGAGCUGAGCCUUGUUGGUUUUAUACAACUUUUCGUCACUUUCCUACAAGAUCUGCCCAGUACGAUCUAAACAAUUAUGCUGGUAACCCAUAUCCAGAACCUCUUCCCUGUUGUAAGUUCUAUGGAGGAAUAUAUAUAUAUAUAUAAUUGCUAAGAACUUAUUUUACAAUACUCCCAUUAAGUGAGUAUCUAUAAACAAAUUUUCCAUUCUUUUUUUCUGUACAGGGAAACGUGCCAAAAGAUUUUUGUCAUACUCGCACAUAUGCUACAGAUAUGCUUGAUAGACUAGUUUAAAACUAGUUUAGAAAUCUGCUAUGUUUCAGUGUACAUGUUAUCUGUUUAAAACUUUCAAAAGCCCUAUAAGAGAGUUGCUAAGCAUUCCCAAAAAUGUGUGUGAAUAUGGAAACACCUGACCAUUUCAUAGGAAGUCAUAGGAAACUGACAGAAUGUUUUGCUGAUUUGGCCAUAGCAGGUUUUCUGUUACCAGAGAAUCAUCUAACGAACUGACAAACCUGGGCAGAAGAAAAAAAUUGAUAACUUUUAUAGAUCACUUUACAAAUCUGCCAAACAUUGUUGCAUAUCUGCUGCAAAAUAAAUAAAUAAAUAAAAUAAAAAUAAAAAAAUCCAUAUUUCUUUUAGCAGUUUGUAAUCCUCUGAGGUCUAUUUUUUUUUAUUAUAUCCAAACAAAUGAUACUUUUGUUUUAUGUGACAGUAAUCUCAAACAUUUUGUUUUUCCACCUGAAAAGAAAACCUGCCAUGGAGUCAUUCUAACGUGAAGUGACGCACUAUGUAGAAACACGUUCAUGCAGACAGAGCUGUAGGUAACUGGCAGUUCAAUUAUAUGACCAUUUACUAAUGAUAAUAACAACAUGGAUAUAAUGACCAAUUGCUAACCUGUCAGAAUGCUGUAAAUAGGAUAUGAAGAGCUGUUGCACUAGAUCACUCAUCUCUUAAGUGUCUCAUGGGAAUUGUUCUCAUGACCAGUGAAACAACAAUGUAAUUCUUACACUCUCUCUCUCUCUCUCUCUCUCUCUCUCUCUUUUUAAAAAAUAAAUACAUUAAGAAAUACAUAUUAAUAUUCACAGUAUUAUCAGAAAUUUCUAACGCUUAUGAGACCUUACUUUUUUUUUUUUUGGUAGCAUGUUAUACUCUCUAUAAAUAAUGAUGGUUGUUAUUUUAUCGA